AUGAAAGUUCGUCCACCUGGAUCCAGAUUCAUGCCAGUUGAGUAUAUCAAUCGUGAUGUGGAGGCAGCAUUAACACAACGUACCGCUGGAUGUAAUCUUCGCGACGGAGGAAAGAACAAUAUGUUCCAAGUACUCCCACAACCGAUCGGCGACAACGUGUCAGAGAAUCAGUACGACUACAUAACGGAAUAUCAAGUAGAAUCGGAUUUGAGUGAUGAAGUUUUUGAGGUUAGUUAUUCUAAUCGUCAUCGAAGACGGUUACUAGGACACUGCUAUUCACUCAAGUACCCAAUAGAUUAUUCUGAGCCAUCGAGAAGAGCAAUGCGUCGGGAACUGGAGAUCCUUCGAAUUCUUCCGAUUCAUCCGAAUUUCGUUCGUUUCGAUGGAGUUGUAAUUGGUCGAUGGGAAAAUAUUCCCUAUCAGAUUACUGGAAUUUUGAUGGAAGAAUGUCAAGGAGGAUCAUUGUAUGAUUACAUAAACUCGGCUGGAUACGUACUCCGUCGUCAAGGGAUGCGAACUCCGAUUGAUCAUCACCUUCCUAUCACUGAGGGUUCCCCGAACAUGUCUUCUGGGUAUGAUAGUUUCACUAGCAAAGGGAGACAAAGACCAGAUCAAAAUAAUCAAAAGGAAGGAAGCUCGUAUCAGCAAGUGUCUUCCCCACUCUGCAGCUUCACCGAGCAAAUCUCGAGAGCCCUCGAACAUCUUCAUUUCGCCAAAAUUGUUCAUACGCGAGUCGCAUCAACUAGUGUAUAUCUCACGAGUGAUUACACUGAUCCUCUUGAAAUGCCUUCUGACCAAAUGGUAAAACUUGGAGACUUCUCGUAUGCUUCUGGUUCGAAUGACGCCAUCGUUGCUGAUCCAAAUCUUCAACCGCCGGCGAUUUUCAUUCUUAUUGUCGUGUUGAAAAGAAGAAAUCGUUCACAACGAGGCAGGAAAGCAAUUAUAAUUAUAUGGAAACGAUUCAAACUUGAAGUAUCUUUUUGGAUGAAUUCAAGAGCUUUCGUAUUUGAUGGAACGAGGGAGCAUGUGAUCGAUAUUCCAUAUGGGCAGAGAAAUCGAGUUAACUGGGAGGAUGAAAAUCAUUGUGAGAAUUUCUUGUUCGAAGACAUUAGCAUUCGUAAUAUUAUAUGGAUGUUCGAACAGAUGUCUUAUGUCUUAAACACAGAUAUUCAUCGCAUUGCCGUGAAUGCUAACCAUUGUUCUGGAAAUGUAUCCAGAAUAUUGUGCUGGUUGAAUCACCGUCAAAGAUCAAUUGAUGAUCUACAAAUCUAUUUUAAUAAGCUAGAAGAUUUUGCUGAUAUUAUUUCCCUUUGUCAAACUUUGAAUAUUAAAAGAACCCUCGAUAUAGCAAAUUUAUCCAAAUCUCAGAUAGGGAAUAAGCUAAAUCCAAAAUUUGAAAUGGAUAACUUAUGGCUGAGAGCCGACAAUUUAGAGCAGUGGAUUACGUUGGAUAAUAUAAUGGACUUCGAUUGCAUUCAUAUCGAUUUGACAUCAUUCACAUUCACGUCAUCUGAUAUGAAUAGAUAUUUGAAAGCAUGGGUAAAUGGAUGUAAUUUUCGAAUGGAGUAUCUAUAUUUGGGCCUGAGACCUUUAGAUCACAAAAUGCUCACUGAUGGAAUCGAGGUGGAGGAAGUAAAUGCUUCCAUUGUGAGAAGUUAUAAUAGCAAAAUCCUGGGACCUACCGAGUUUGAGGGUGGAACCGACAUACUUAGUAAAGAUGGAAGACGAGCAACAUUCCGACAAAUAAUAGAUAAUGAUUAUCUCUAUCCAGAACAAAGAUUCCCGUUCGAAAUGGUGGUGUGGCCGAAGGAUGGUCAAUAA